UCUAGAUUAAAUCGUUCCCAUUUGCUAUUCAUAGCAUAAAUGUUUCACUUCCUGUUGUCAUUACGUUCUAUUUAAUAAGCCUCAAUUUCCUCUAUCAUAAACUUUUAUCAAAACCACUUGUAUUACAUAUUGAUAACAAAUUCUUAUCAGCGGGAUGAGCAAUAUGUUCGAAUCAACGGCAAUCAUAUUGAAGACGUUUUAGUCAGUUCGUGUUCUUCACCAUGGACAGCAUAGACAUCACUAAGCAUCAUAAGGAGGUGUCCUUGCUGAAAAAGAUUGGGAGUGGUAGCUAUGGAGUUGGGCACGAAGAAAUUUGGAGAAAUAAUAAUGAUCGAGCAGAAGUCUCAGUGAAAAUAUCUCUUCAAGAUUUUGAAAUCGAUCAUCUUCGAGAAAUCCGAAAUCUAACAAAAUUCAAGCAUGCAAAUAUUGUCGCACUAAACGGUAUUUAUCGCAAAGAAAGUAUAGGACUCAUUUUUGAGUACUCAGGCUGUGGAUCACUCUAUGAUUACUUACACAAAAAGGUUGCUGAAGUUGCAUUUAUUGAAAAGCUUGACUGGAUGUUGCAAUGUGCCAAUGGUAUGGAGUACUUGCAUAUAAGAAAAAUAAUUCAUCGUGAUCUUAAAACACAAAACCUGCUACUUUUCGAUGAUUUUCGCAUAUUAAAAAUUUGCGAUUUUAACACAGCAAAGCAAUUUGUAACGUCAAACACGGAAAUUGAUGGGACAGUUUGCUAUAUGGCUCCAGAAGUUUGUGGUGCUAAUGGACAAUUUACAGAAAAGUGCGAUGUAUUUAGUUUUGGCGUUAUUUUUUGGGAAGUAUUAUCCGAGAAGAAACCGUUUGAUAUCUAUAGAGAUUUGCACCCAUUGGCUGUCCAAAAGAAAAUUAUUAAUGGUGCUCGUCCGAAUAUAAGUGACAUGAAGAUUUAUCAUGAUUGUGAUCUUAUAACGCCAAUAAUUGAAAUGUGUUGGGAUGGAGAUUCAAAAAAUCGACCAACUAUGAAGCGAGUUUUGAGUUUUCUCGGAAUUGACUUAAGACUUUACAUACCUAUAAACUAUGAUGAUAUAGAGAAAAAAGAAAAUUUUGUGAUUGGUAGAUAUGGUCUCGGCUGUAAAGCAUAUUGGCGAACUGGAUUUUUAAACCAAAAAGUGGAUGUCAAAAUUAUUCGAAGCAAUUCCCAAAAGGAAAUUAAUAUUCUAAGAGAAAUCUAUAAACUCAAAGCCUUAGCACAUCAAAAUAUUGUCACGUUAUAUGGAGCAUCUAGGAAUUCAGAAGCUCAAGUUUAUAUGGUUUUUGAGUAUGCAAAAUGUGGAUUGCUCAACAAUUUUUUGCAUUUGGCUAAAGUGAAAUUUCCUCUCCAUUGUAAGAUGAAAUGGACGGAGCACUGCCUCCAAGGUUUGGAUUACUUACACAACAAAAAUAUUGUGCAUGGGGAUCUUACCACUAAUAACCUGUUUCUUUUCGAUGACUGUCGUAAAUUGAAGAUAUUCCUUUUUGGACAAGUGAAUGAAAUAACUAAUAACCCAACAGAUAAAACACAAUUCACUGAGUCAUUUUAUUAUAUGGCUCCAGAAGUUCUUUGCGGAGAAACGACAUUCACAAAAGAGUCUGAUGUUUAUAGUUUCGGCAUUAUUAUGUGGGAAAUACUGACUGAAGUGAAUCCAGUUGCCAAAUUUAAUGACAAUCAACCUUCAACAAUCCACGAAAUUAUUGAUGAUACUCAAUCCAAUGAAAACUCAGAUUAUUCUAAUAGGCAUUUUACUAAAGUUAAAUCAACAAUUAAACGUUGCUGCAGUAAAAGUCCGAAAGAUCGUCCAUUGAUUAAAAAUCUUUGCAGUAAUUGGUUUAUAGAUGGACCCGAAUUUCAAAAUCCAAGUCGUAUAAAUUGCUGCAUAACUUAGUAAAAAAAAAUAAUAUAU